AUGAUAUCUGCUUACAAAAUCGUAAGUGAUAAAGAUAUCGAAGAAGCGAAGCAGUGGGUGACAUACGAUAAUAUCGGUCGCUAUCUUGCACAGCAAUCACUCACGAAAGCUGAUGAUAUUAACUGGUUACCUAAUUCAAAUAAAAUUGCCUUUGGAUACAAUCCUAUAAGAGGUGAUCCAGUCUGUUAUACAGGUGAUUGUCAUAUGAGCGGCUAUGGUCGAAGUCUCUUUCAGCUCGACUAUACCAAUCCUCCAACAGGCUCAUGUACAUCACAAUUGAUUCCAAAGCAUGUUGAACUUGACUGCAUUCCAGCAGCUGAAAUACGUGAAAAAUCUCAAAAAAUCUCUAAUGUCAACGAAUUGAAAGAAAGUACUGCAAGUGGAAUGAGCUGGGGCUUUGGUGUUGACGUUCCUUUAACAUCAAAUCCUAUUCUUAAUCUUGUAUUGAAAGCUUCUUUCAAAUAUGGUCAAUCUGAACAGACCACAAAAAUGAUGAAUCACAUCUAUCGAGAUGCUUCGAUCGUAUAUCAUACAUAUGCUCGAGUAUCUACAGUAAAACUGUCGUUAUUUGCACCGAAGCUUGAAUUAUCUGACAAUUUUCGUUAUGUGAUCGAUAAUCUACCGACUAGCACGUACACACCAGCUGUGGCGAAGUAUAUUACUGAUUAUGUAUUCAACUACUUCGGUUUCACAUAUACCACUGAAAUGUUACUCGGUGGAAUUGCUCAGAUGACUACUGUGAUAAAUCAAACAUCGAUUCAACCGAUAGAACAAGAAUAUCAGAGUACUACACAAAUGAUUGGACUGUCGUUUGCUAAAGUUUUCAGUUUUAACUAUAAUGAAAAUGAAAGUGAAAACUCGAUUAAACUUCAGGGAUUUCAAAAAUAUGUUAAAUCGUCAACAGCAACUACUGUCGGCGGUGCGACUUUUGCGGCCAGUCAAAAGCUCAAUGAAUGGUUUCAAACAGUACCUAAGAAUCCGGUUAUAAUUAAGUUUACUCUUCAACCUAUUUUCGAUUUAAUUACAAGUGAACGCUUUGGUAAUGACAGUCAAAUUGAUUUGAAAGCUGAUUAUAUAAAACGAACGCUUGAGGAUUAUCUUAACCAAACAUCGCUGGUAUACUGUGAAAAUAAAUGUACAGAUCCAAAUCAAGGUGUUUGUCGACCACUGGAUGCUUAUGGAUAUGGGCUGUGUAAGUGUUUCAGUGGAUAUGAUGGAUUCGACUGCAGUACUAAACUUUCGACUUCAACAACACCACCACAAUAA